AGACACUGUAAUACACUGGGGGAAUUUUUCCAUGGUCAAUAUGUUGUUUAUUUGCAUUAAUAAUCUGAAAAAAGAGAAAUAGUCUGGUUACGGCUACGGACUCUGCUCAGAGGCAGGGUUCUGUCAUGGACUGCUUUCAACUGUUAGAUUGUGUGGCACAGAUUCAGCGAGAAUCUGAUCUGCUAAAAUAUUUGGGCUGUGAAAACUCCAACACUGUGACAGAUGUCAAGUCCAAUUAAGUGACUCAUGUCCAGGUUUCUGUCCAAUAGGAUUUCCCAUUAAAUAUCAAUUUAGGGGGAAAAAAUUCCAUCCCCCUGCUUAAGCCUUUAUCUCUGCCACCAUCGCCAGGCUGAGCCCAUUGGUACCAGGAGAGCCGAGGCGCCGCGCGCAUCUCUGCCUCCGGCGCUCGCCUUCCCCGCUUCCCCGUCACCGUUCCGCCGGGAGACGUUCCCUUUGCCCCAGCCUUCCUCCGCGCAUCUCCGAGCCCCUGACUCCGAACGUUUUGCCACAAGAGACCUAGAGGAGGAAAACAGGCAGGAGACUCCUCAGCACACCGUGUCGUUUAGGGGGGGAAAAAUCAUCGAAUUUCCAGAAAUGUUUGAGAACAAUUAAAAGGAAAAGACGAUUUUUGAUCUAUCAACUAAGUAAACAAUCAGUCGCGUCGUCUGCAUCCGGAGACCUAAUCGUCCCUGGCUGUGGACACCGGCGAGAUGACAGCUGCUCUUGCACGUUUGAAUGUAAUACAUGUUUUCUGCUUUUAACACAUUUCGGAAUUUCUCCCCCCUUUCCCUGGAAUCUUAAGUCUAAAAGAUUGGAGAAAAGAUUAUCGAAAAGACUUUUACAAGCCUCCAAAAUGAUGCUGAGUCCGGACCAAGCCGCCGACUCGGACCACCCCAGCUCGGCACACUCGGAUCCAGAGUCGCUGGGCGGCGCGGACGCCAAGGUGCUGGGCAGCGUGUCGGACCUGGAGCAGGUGGAGGAGGCCGAGGGCGACGGCAAAGGCGGCAGCCGGGCCGCGCUCUACCCGCACCCGCAGCAGCUGAGCCGCGAGGAGAAACGCCGUCGCCGGCGCGCCACGGCCAAGUACCGGUCUGCCCACGCCACCCGCGAGCGCAUCCGUGUGGAGGCCUUCAACUUGGCCUUCGCCGAGCUCCGCAAACUGCUGCCCACGCUGCCCCCGGACAAGAAGCUCUCCAAGAUCGAGAUCCUGCGCCUGGCCAUCUGCUACAUCUCUUAUCUCAACCACGUCUUGGACGUGUAGGGCCGGGCGCGCUGCAGGAGGCCGCGCGCGGGUCGGGGAGCCUGGCGACCGGCCCGGGAGGCCACCCAGGGACUGGCCGUGGAGGUGGCUCCCCCGCGGGCGCCUUGGACCCUGGGAGUUCUCUGCUUGCUGCGUUCUCUGCAAUCCGCAGGCCGACGAGGGAAGGCUUCCGACUCCGGAAGGUGGGAUUGUCUGGGGAGCCCUGGAGCGUGCGGGGUUAUUUUUCAGGCCGGGCGGACAUCCUGGAAGCGCUCGAGAUGACCCGCCUCCGAGCCUUCCCUCCCAGGGUUAGGACCCCUUCAAGGGUGGUCGCUUUAGCCCACUGGAGGCUGGGAGCUCUCCUUGGUUUAUCUCCGGAGAACCUUUAAGUUUUGAAAAAACAAAGGCAGAAGCUCCGAGUACGUAUGGGCUCGUAACUUUAGACGAUCUGGACUUUUCUAAUGAGCAAAUCACCAAGCAUUCGGAAGUGUAGAGAUUUUAGGCACAUGGAGGUGGAAGAAAGAUUAGAUUAGAGUCCAAACAUAACAGGCAACCCCUGCGUGUUUGUUAAGGUUGAAAAGAUACAUUGAGAACAGACAGACACAUUGUGGGAAGAUUGGAGCUUGGCCAGAACUGAACCUUGAGGUCUGACACUCAUGAAGACAGGAAAGACCCGUACUCACACGGAAAGCAUAGUAUCUGACCGCUUUUCCAGGCAAAGUGCCCCGUUAUCUAUCCAAAAACGUCUCUUCGUGACCUUAAACAUGUGGACUCAUAGGUGCAGUUAGAAAAAAGACAACCUAUUUUUAUUUAUGUUAGAAGGAGUAGAGUAUUUUUUCCAAGACAUUUAUUUUUCAGAGUGGUGAUAAUUUUACUUUGGAUACUCUGUGCCAAUUUAUUUAUAGUCAAGUGUUUACACUUUUUCCUGUGGAAUAAUUACGUCUAACUUUCUGCGUGUUUGUGGAGAUGACACUGUGCUCUUUCUUUCGGCUCUGAUUACUUUGCACUUGCAUAACAAAUGCCCCACUUCUCCCUGUUUCUAAACAUAUUUUAUAUAUUAAGAUGUUCAUUCUUGAAAGGUCCUUUUGUUGUGACAGCAGCAACACUAACACUUCACUAUUAUAGUUUUUUAAGAAAGUGUUGUCACUCUUACGUGUAGUUCUGUCUAAAAAGUACUUUACGGACUGUUUCUAAGGAGAGUAGCUUCUUUGUGCGUGCGCGUGCGUGAUGUUUGUGCGUGGGAUGAUUUUAGGAAAUUAAGUUAUUUUCCUAAAAAAAAAAGAGAAUUCAGAAACUACUUUCCUCUGUGACAACCAAAAAAAAAGUCUAUAACCUGUAAAUGUUUCAUAUUCUCAGCUGUGAAACUCCAAAAACAAGGAGUGUAUUUUAGAGACAAGGGGG